ACGUCAAAAAAACUAGUUGAAGAGUCUUUUCAGACCGGAGUAGUCGGUUUGAGAAACAGCUAUUAAGUCAUAACAAAAUUAAUGCAUUUCCUAACGGACAUUUAUUCGCAUCGCCAAGUCAUUUAUUAAUCGACAUACUAAAGUUGUAAUCUACCCGAGGGUUUUAACGGUGUAAAUGGAGGAGAAGAAGAAAGACGGAGACCCGGAGAUUCAGGAACACGGACCCGAACAUUGGUUCUCAAAAUGGGAGCGGCAGUGUUUGGCCGAAGCGGAGCAAAGAGAGUCAAACGAGGAGGAGGCCGAUAACGACCAGGAUAAAUUAUGGCAUCUCUUCCAGAAUUCCGCCACUGCCGUGGCUCAGCUCUACAAAGACCGAGUAUGUCACCAACAGGGGGGGCUUUCUUUGUGGGUGCCGUUUCAGAACGCAGCCACAGCCGUGACCAACCUGUACAAAGAGUCUGUGGAGGCCCACCAGCGUAGCUACGACCUAGGUAUACAGAUCGGCCACCAGCGUCGCAACAAGGAUGUGCUGGCCUGGGUGAAGAAAAGGAGGAGAACCAUCCGGCGAGAGGACCUCAUCAGCUUCCUGUGUGGCCGGGCCCCACCCCCCCGGACCUCCAGAGCCACCCUCACCCCAGGACACAGACUGACCAUGGUCUCCCCUAACCGGCCUCCCCCGGCCCCUGAGACAGACUCCUCUGUGGAGGCUGACCUCCAGCCCUUCAGAGAGGCCAUCGCACUGCAUGGUCUAAGUGGGGCUAUGGCCAGCAUCAGUGUUCGUUCCGGUACCCCGGGCUCUCCCACCCACGUGGGGGGUGCUGCUGGCGGUGGGGGUGGGUCGACCCCGGUGGGGCGUCGGCGUAACGGUCUCCAUGAUGUGGACCUGAACACUUUCAUCUCCGAGGAGAUGGCCCUGCACCUGGACGCUAACCCCAGGAAACGCAGCUCCGCCCAGUGCAAUGACGUCAUAACAGACUCCCCCACCCAUAAACGCAACCGGAUGAUCUGAUUGGGCAGCCCAGCCCCCAGGAGGGUUAAGAGACCUUUGUGAGAGGGGGGGAGGGUUGAGAUCUUGAAAACAGACAGACUGAAGGAUGUAUGGCUGUGGAGUGAAUCGGAGUUGGGGACUAAGGAGGCCUUCCAUUUAGUUGAGUGGGUGGUGUCCUCCUGUCCUUGUCUCCUUUCCUAGUUGAGAGCACUGGUCUAAACUGAAAGCAUGCUUAUUGGAAACCUGUCAUCCAUCCUUCCUAACCCCUUUAGGCUGCAUCUACACAGGUAGCCCAAUUCAGAUCUUUUUCCACUAAUUGGGCCUUUUGACCAAUCAGAUCAGUUCUUUUCCCAAUGGGCAACAGAACAGAAUUGUGCUGUCUUUGUAAACGCAGCCUUAGUGAUCAGUGACUGUGAGGAAAGGAAGCGAGGACAGAAGGGCAUCGAGGAGGUUGGGAUGCAGCCCCCCGUUCAGAGGAGAAAUGCACUGUGCUGAUUUGAAAUAAAAAAAGCCACUUGAUCCUCUACACUUGUUGCUCCCCCCUCUCCCCCCCCCCCACCCCUCCAUCCUCACCCCUCCUCCCUUCCUAAGGAAACGAGGGCUGUGGAAAACGUGUUACUCAGUGAACUAGAUAAGGAUUGAUGCCAGAAGUGGUUCUGUUGGAGAGAUGCCUUUGCUAGAACUUAUUGCUUUGUGUUCGUCAUCCUGCUCAGUGGACAUUGAUGCUGUCUGUGAUGAUGAAGAGGAGGACUUCCCUCACUUGACAUUUCCUGACUGUGUCCCAAAUGGCCCCCUAGCCCCUACACCCUAGUCCCUACACACCACCCUAGUCCCUACACAGCACCAUAGUACCUACAUCAUAGCCCCUACACCCUAGUCCCUACACACCACCCUAGUCCCUACACAGCACCAUAGUACCUACAUCAUAGCCCCUACACCCUAGUCCCUACACAGCACCAUAGUACCUACAUCAUAGCCCCUACAUCCUAGUCUCUACACAGCACCCUAGUCUCUACACAGCACCCUAGUCCCUACAUCAUAGCCCUUACACCCUAGCCCCUACACCCUAGUCCCUACACAGCACCAUAGCCCCUACAUCCUAGUCUCUACACAGCACCCUAGUCUCUACACAGCACCAUAGUCCCUACAUCAUAGCCCCUACAUCCUAGUCCCUACACAGCACCCUAGUCCCUACACAGCACCCUAGUCUCUACACAGCACCCUGGUCCCUACAUCAUAGCCCCUACAUCCUAGUCCCUACACACCACCCUAGUCCCUACAUCAUUGCCCUUACAUCCAAGUCCCUACACAGCACCCUAGUCUCUACAUGGCACCCUACUAUAUUACAGCAUAGGGCCCUUUUGAAAAGUGUUGCACUAUACAGGGUGUUGUUUGGGAGCAGCCCUGGUGUUUCCUGUGUCUAGUUGUGAUGGUUGAGGGGUCUGAGGGGCUGUGGGGUCUCAGGGCUGAUUCUCCCAAUAGCAGGCUGUUGAUAUUUGAUUGUAUCGGCUUCCUUUCUGUCUUGACAACUGUGCUUCAGCAGUCAUGUUAGUGCAACCAACCCGCAAGGGUCAGCGUCCCAAAAUCGCACCCUAUUCCCUAAUAUAAAGUGAACUACUUUUGCCUACAGGUCACUCUGGUCAAAGUAGUCCACUAUGUAGGGAAAUAGGGAUGCUGUUUGCUGCACGAACCCCAGUGUUCAGGUUGGUGUACCUCUGCUGCAGUUGGUUCAUUUACACACCGCCUUGCUUCUUCUGUUGAGGUGUGUAUUUCAAAGUUCAGGAAUGAUCCGUGUUACUUAACGCUGGGAUGAUAUCUGACCUGUCGCCAGACUAACCCUCCGGUCAGGUGAUGUCGUGUAGGAAACCUAUAGGAAGGUAAACUAUGAUCACUGUUCACAGUGAGUAAAUGUGAUGCUCCCUAAACUUUCAAUACAUUUAUUUUUAUGUAAAAGAUGGGACAGAUAAACGCUCCUGCAAAAUAACCUGUGUUUCUACUCCACUACACCUCUGUCCCCUUCUGAGUAUGUUGAUGUUUUUGGAGUAUUCUGUUCAGUGUGGUUGUGUGUUCACCAUAUAACCUGAGUUGGAAUAAUGAUUUAUUUUUGUUGCACUUAAGCCUCUUUCACAUCUAAACUCAUGUUGAUCUUCCCACCGGAACCAACCAGGCCGUCCAUCCUCCACCUACAGGUCUUCAAUUAGACAUCACCACCUUCACCUCCCUCUGGAACUGGGGGGGACCACCUGCCACCAAACAGAAACAAACUGAAAUUAUUUGCUACUCUGUGCCGUAAUGAACAUGCCCCAAAACCAGAAGAGAAAGACUGAAAUGUUUUUGCUACGUUGUGCUGUAAUGAACAUGCCCCAAAACCAGAAGAGAAAGACUGAAAUGUUUUUGCUACGUUAUGCCGUAAUGAACAUGCCCCAAACCAGAAGAGAAAGUCCUGUUUUUUUCCCGUUGCAAAAAGUUUUGCUAUGCUGUGCCAUACUGAACACCACCCAGAGUAAGAGAUGUGGGAGGAGCUAGUGGAGGCCCCAGGAAACAAACUGACAGAAUUGUUCUUUUCGUGAGCGAGGGGGGGGGUCUAACAUCCCAAUGUCCACACUACUGUUUAGUAUGCCGUAUGAAGGGCCGAUCCAGUGCAUCGCUCCAUACUAAGUGAUAUUGUGACGUAGUCUGUCUUCUAAUGGGUGUUCAUUAUUGACUUGUGUUGAUGUGAAAAGAUGCAGUUGCCUGACUAUUAAAGCUGAAAGGGAUAGUUUACCUGAA